GCUGCAGAUUUCUCACACUAAACCUGCUGGGCACAUAAAGCUUUACCAGUGUCCUGUUAUUGUUAUUUGUAGCUUUCUUACCUUAAAAAUGAACUGUUUUACAGCAAUGUAUAUGAGGCUGACAGGCCUGCUGCUAGCCAGUUGUGUCAUUGCUCCGGCAAUGUAUUUUGAUUUAGGUGAACAGGAGGAAAAGUGUAUCAUUGAGGAGAUUCCAGAGGACACACUUGUGUCAGGCGUCUUUCUGCUAGAGUACUGGGAUGAAAAUAAGAAGGCUAAUAUCCCACACCUAGGUUUGACUGUGACUGUGAGAGACCCUAACCAUGCGGUGGUCUUGUUAAAACGCUUUGGGAGAUAUGGAAAAUUCACCUUUAAAUCCGAUGCUUCGGGUCAACAUUUCUUGUGCAUGCAGUCCAACUCCACUAGGUUCUCUGUGUUCGCUGGAGAUCGUUUGAAAGUGCAUUUAGAUGUCCAGAUGGGCGAGCAUACCAUUGAUCCUAAUGCUGCAAAGGCAAAAGAUACCAUGAAAACAAUGGAGUACAGCUUGCAACAUCUCAUUGACCAGAUGCGUUACAUUAGCAGGCAGCAAAAUUUCCAAAGGGAACGUGAGGAGAAGUUUCGCCAAAUGAGUGAGAAAACAAAUGGAAACGUUUUGUGGUGGGCCAUUAUUCAGACAUCAAUACUCCUCUCUGUUGGAAUCUGGCAAAUAAAAAACCUCAAAAACUUUCUCAUUGAAAAGAAGUUGGUUUAGCUUUAUGAAAUGACUAACUGUGUGUUUGGAUAACUGCAACAUUGUUUGAAGCAUUUUGAUAAAUGUGUAAGUCUAAAUUACCUCAUCUGAGCACAAUACCCUGCAAUGAGCUUGUGAUUUUAAUAAAUUCAACUGAUUGCAAUAAAUUCAUAUUAUGGUCUUAUUAAAUAGGCCUACCUAAA